AUGCCUGAUGACGUACCGCAAGGGUUGAAGGUUCGUGACGGGGUCAAGCAUGCGUGGGAAGCAAAGCAAUGUGGAUGCAAUCUGAUGAGAAACGUUGCGUGUCCUGUCAAAGCUUUGCCCUGCUUUGUUGGGAUAGGGAUAGGGCUGAUAACUGUCCAGCAAGAGUUGACGAUGUCUAAGAGCAUCCAUGAAGACCUCGUCAAGUUCAAAGAAGGGAACAUGAGGCGCAAGCGGGUGCGAUGGAAUUAG